UUGCUGCUAAUUCUUCUUCGUUCUCAUCACUUUUCGUCGCAGCUAAUUUUGGGAUCUUCUUCGAUUGCUCGACGUAAGAUAUUAACAGACAUGGGAUACCAAUUCGCUCUCAUGAGUGCUGAUAUUGAUGAGAAAAGCAUCCGCAAGGAGAAACCUGAAGAGUUAGUAUUGGCUUUAGCUGAGGCAAAGGCUGAUGCCAUUGUGUCGAAACUGCAUACUAAUGAAUGUGAAGAUGAGGAAGAACACACAAUCUUGAUUGCAGCAGAUACAGCUGAAGCAAUUGUGCAGCGGAUCACUGAUGAUGACAACAUAGAGGAGGAUAAGCCGACCUUACUUGUUACUUGUGACCAAGUGGUUGUCUAUGAAGAUACUGUCAGAGAGAAACCCUCGAGUGUGGAAGAAGCAAGGGAAUACAUAAGAGGCUACUCCAAGGGACACACAGCAACAGUGAGUUCUGUGGUUGUAACAAAUCUCAAAACAGGAUUCAGUAAAGGAGGAGUCGAUAGAGUGGAGAUAUAUUUUAAUGAAAUAUCAGAGGAGAUUAUUGAUAAACUGAUUGAAGAAGGCAUGGUGCUUAAGGUGGCUGGUGCACUCCUAAUCGAGCAUCCUCUAAUAUUGCCAUGCGUUAAGAAAGUGGUUGGGACAACAGAUAGCGUGAUGGGUCUUCCCAAAAAGUUAACUGAGAAACUUCUAAAGAAAGUAUUGGCAAGCACAUAG